AAUAAUUUUGUGUUUUUAGUUCCAAAUUUUCAAAUUGAAGUCGUAACUCGCCGGAAAAAGUAUCCGGAAUUAUCCUCGGUCGCCGGAAACGGUGAUUAAAUUCUGUGUAGACUAGUGAAAAUACUCAACAUGUAUGGGAGAAAAGCUUGCCAACUUGUGAAAGAAUUUGCAAGUGGAGAAAAGGGUCAGCUUACACCGUUUAAUAAUGACUUGUUUGACCAAGUAGUUGCAGAAUGCAGCCAACAUCACGGUGAGCUUCAGUCCUUGAUAAGGAAGAUGCAGGAAGAAGGUUUGGAUGUCCAGACGGCAAGAAAUGCUGACCACUACGGAGCCCUGAUCCACCUAUUUUCUAUUGUCCGAAAUAAACGUUGUCUAACGGCCUAUGUGUAUAACCGAGCAGAAACUAUACGGAACUUGUUAUGGAAGAUAGGGCCUGUGAUUCCUAAAGAAAUUGAAGAGAAGCUUAAUCAUUGGGAGGAAGAGUAUUUCAAGAAGAAUUCUGCAGCAUUGAAAUCUUAUAUGUCAAAAGUGCUGGUUGAUCUGACUGUGGAUAUGGUACCACCAAAAGAUCCAUACAUACAAGUAAGGGUCCUUGAAGACAUAAGAGAAGGCAUUGUACUUAGUGAUGAUAAAAAUCCCAACUUUGCCCGACAUUCCAUGCACUUUCUGAAACGAACUGAUGCUGAGAAAUAUAUCUCAAGGGGCUUAAUGGAGGAGCUCACUGGUUGACCAGCUAGUACUUUACUUGAAAAUUUAGGUAGAUGAUGAAAAGACUGGUUAAACUUGGUAUGUUGGAUUAAUUUUGUAUUUAAUAACAUUUUUUAGAAGAUACUAAGUUGUUGAGAACGACUCAUAUACACAAAGUAGAGGAUCAUAGUUCGAACUCCAGUUAUAAUGUUCGAUUUAUCAAUUUCGACAUUUUCA